AAAAAAUGGUCAUAUUCAGUAUCCUGGUGAGAAUGAAUAUUCAAAGUUGAUACAAAGCAAUGGAGGCACUUGCAAUGCAUAUACGAGUGGUAAUCGUACGAACUAUUAUUUCGAUAUUCAUCCAAGUCUAUUAUCUGAUGCACUCGAUGUAUUCGCUCACUUUUUUAUUUCACCACUCUUGUCUCCGUCUUCCAUCGGUCGUGAAUUACAAGCGGUUCAUUCCGAAUUUGAAAGCUAUCUAGGUCAAGAUUCUUGGCGUAUUUUUCAAGUUGACAAAUUAACAUCUGAUCCUGAACAUCCCUAUUCGAGAUUUACCAUCGGAAAUAUGGAAUCGUUGCGAACAACAUCGAAUCUAUGUGGAACCGAUAUUCGACAAGUUUUAAUUGAUUUUUAUGAAAAUGAAUAUUCAGCCAACCGUAUGAGUUUAGCUGUACUGGGUAAUCGUAAAUUAACAAAUGUAUGUGUUAUUGAUGUGAGUAGUACAGUAAAGCUAGAUUUUGAAACUGUUUUCGUGUUACUUAAACAUCAUGAUCUACAAUUAGAUGAUUUAUUCUGUGCUGGUGAUAAUCCAAAACUAACCAAACAAUUUUGA